AUGGGCAAGUUUGAACUCGUACCGAACGUUGUUGUUGCCCCCCACUACUCCUUUUCACCGGACACAAUCGCGCAGCUACAGACGGAAAGCAGGGACCCUGCACCCACCGACCGCCAUGACAUCAGCAUAACCGCACAAAAUCAUACGACACCCGGACAUCGUGACGACGCUCACCCUGAGCAUCGCAACAAUGGUCGUCUCCCGGUGGGUUUCCACGGCGUGAAUGUGUUCACGGUCGCCGAGAUGAAAGGACGACGACGCCUCAUCACCGAGCCCCACCUCAACGGCGUGAUCUCCAAGGCGGAGAUACCUCGGUGUGAGUACCCUUCGCGCCUUGAAAGACGGCAGAAGCUGCGCUACGCACGAUACAUGCUUCAGAUUGAUUUUGAGGCGUUUUACGAUUCCAUUCCAUUGAUGGAGGAAGGGCUGCGCAACAAGUUCGUAUUUCGGGCGCGAGAUGGCGCACUCUACCGACUUCGCACGCUACCGACCGGAGCACGAUGGAGCGUCGCGGUUGGACAGGCGGUGACAUGGACAAUUGUCGACAUUGACACGCGGUGUGUCAUACUCACCAUGAUCGACAAUAUCCUGAUUGCCGCGCCAGCGGGAGAGGAGACAGAGUUUGUGCGUACGGUGCGGCAGAUCGUGGACCGUAUGGAGGUUGCAAACCUAUGCACGUCCCCCAGUCGUGAAGAACUACGUUCGUGGACAGACAGCGUGAUGUUGGCAGAAGCUACCAAGACAACUGUUUUCCUUGGUGAGGAGUUUACUUGGUUGGAGGGUGAGCGAAAGGUGCGAAACUCGAUUAAGACGGUGUCAAAACUGAAGCUGGGCCUGGUGCGACAACCGCACCGGACGUUUACAUGCAGAGAAUUUGCAUCAAACGUGUCCCUCAUUCUGUAUGCUUUGCAUACCACAAGGUUGAACCCCGCUUCGGCGUUUAACCUGUUGCGCGCGUACCGCGGCGUAUACCGUCAGGUG